AUGGAAUCUGACGAUGCGUUUCUCGAUGCGUUUCUUAACGCAUGCGCCGCUGGUGACUUGUCAAAUACCCAAGAAGCCAUUGCCUCCGGACGGCUAACUCUUGAGGAUCUCGACGAGGGACUUGCUCUCGCGACGUAUGACGCACACCCUGAUAUUGUGGCAACACUCUUCGACGCCGGCGCUCGUGUGUCGACCUAUGCGACUGGCUUCCUCACCGGGGAAGAAGAGCAGGUCCCAGGUAUCAUACGCCAGUUUCUCGAUCAUGGCCUUGAUCCUAACGCGAGUGUUUCUGGCGGCGAGCCUCUUCUAAGGUAUAUUGUCCCGCAAGAAGAUACAUCUCUAAUUGAUCUUCUUCUUACACAUGGGGCCAAGCUAGAAUCCAAUAUGCUCUUUGAUACCAUAGCUCCACGUGUGACUCAAGGAGAGUUCAUGACCAAGUUUCUUUUAGCCAAAGGUCUCGAUCCCAACACGACCUCUUCAAGAUGGGGCACCCCUCUACACCGUGCUGUCGAAAUCUCCAAGCCAAAUAUUAUCAAACUGCUGCUAGACGCAGGCGCAGACCCCACAGCUCGACCAACGAAAACGAUAUACUAUAACAGAUCCCCCUUGCAAAUGGCCGAGAACUCGCAAUCUUCUCGUAGGCAAGCUAUGCUUAGUCUCCUUCGGUCUUGA